GCACUCGAUUCACGACACUCCCCCAGCGCCGGAACGGUGUUCCGUAGCGUCUUGUGCGGAGCGGCCACGGCGUGUAGACGCCAAGGGUUAAACAAAUCAAGUCGACCCGUUUACUCUUUUCCUGCUAAACAAAACCCCGAGUUGCAGGAGUAGCAGCAGCUUUAAGCCCCGCCGCAAGGUUCCGCCCGUCGUGGAGGGAACGUUGCUUUACUCUACGACUGACGCCAAGAAAUACACAUAACGUUACAUCCUCUCAAUAAGCCGAGGUGGACAGCUCCACACCUCUGAGCUCUGGCAACACACCCAUUCCCUCCGCCUCUGUGUGUGUGUGUGUGCGUGUGCGUGUGCGUGUGUGUAGGGCUGUGAGUGUGUGCACGUGUGUGUGCGUCAGUGUGUAGGGCUGUUAAUGUUUGUGUGUGUCUGUAGGUGUGCGUGUGUGUGUGUGAGUCUGUAUUUGUGUGUGUGUGUAGUGCUGUGAGUGCGUGUGUGUCUGUGUGUAGGGCUGUGAGCGUGUGUCUGUGUCUGUGUGUGUGUGUGAGAGUGUGUGUAGUGCUGUGAGUGCGUGUGUGACUGUGUGUGUCUGUGUGUAGUGCUCUUUGCGGGUGUGUCUGUGUGUAGGGCUGGUAGUGCAUGUGUGCGUCUCUGUGUGUGUGGGGCUGUGUGUGUAGGGGGAGUGUGUGUGUGUGUGUGAGUGAGUGUGAGAGAUGAACGUGUCGUCCCUGUUCUCCUUCACCAGCCCGGCGGUACGAAGGCUGCUGGGCUGGAGGCAGGGGGAGGAGGAGGAGAAGUGGGCGGAGAAAGCGGUGGAAGCUCUGGUGAAGAAGCUGAAGAAGAAGAAGGGAGCCAUGGAGGACCUCGAGAAGGCUCUCAGUUGCCCGGGGCAACCCAGUCAGUGCGUGACGAUCCCUCGCUCCCUUGACGGGAGGCUGCAAGUGUCUCACCGUAAGGGUCUGCCUCACGUCAUCUACUGCAAGGUGUGGAGGUGGCCCGACCUGCAGUCUCAUCAUGAGCUGAAGGCAAUGUCCUGCUGUGAGUUUCCCUUCGGAUCUAAACAGAAAGAUGUCUGCAUCAACCCCUACCACUACACACGAGUAGACACCCCCAUGCUGCCCCCAGUGUUGGUUCCCAGGAACAACGACCUCGCAGCGAGACCCUGCGUGCUCUCCCGUUUCCACGGCGACAACAACGAGCCGCUGAUGCCCCACAAUGCCACCUACCCAGAAUCCUUUGCUGGCAUGAGCGGGGCACUGGAGGGCUUUGAUCCCUGUUCCCUUGACAACGGUUACCCUGUGUCGCCAGGGGGUGGGUCCUGCAGUAGCCCCGCCCUCCCCUCUCCUCCAAUCAGCUCAGACACCGAGAGCCCAUUUAACUUACCAGCUGACACUCCUCCUCCAGCUUAUGUGCUGGCUGAUGAUUCGCUGAGCCAGGACUCUCAGCCAAUGGAGACCAACUUCCUGUCCAAUUUACCCAACACCAUGGAAACCAACAACAGGCCAGAGGUGCUGCCGGUGGCCUACGAGGAGCCGGUUCACUGGUGCUCCAUAGUUUACUAUGAGCUGAACAACCGUGUGGGAGGGGCCUUCCUGUCCUCCCAGUCCAGUGUCCUGGUGGACGGCUUCACCGACCCCACCAGCUCCCAGAACCGCUUCUGUCUGGGCCUGCUGUCCAACGUCAACCGCAACUCCACCAUCGAGAACACACGCCGACACAUCGGAAAAGGUGUGCACCUGUACUACGUGGGCGGGGAGGUGUAUGCCGAGUGUCUGUCCGGCAGCAGCAUCUUCGUGCAGAGCAGGAACUGCAACCACCACCACGGUUUCCACCCCACCACCGUGUGCAAGAUCCCCAGCGGCUGCAGCCUGAAGAUCUUCAACAACCAGGAGUUCGCCUCGCUGCUCGCCCAGUCCGUCAGCCACGGCUUCGAGGCCGUCUACCAGCUCACCAAGAUGUGCACCAUUAGGAUGAGCUUUGUCAAGGGUUGGGGAGCUGAGUACCACCGGCAGGACGUCACCAGCACCCCCUGCUGGAUCGAGGUGCACCUGCACGGGCCACUCCAGUGGCUGGACAAAGUAUUGACCCAGAUGGGCUCCCCACACAAUGCUAUAACCUCAGUGUCCUAACACACACACACACACACACACACACACACACACACACACACACACACACACACACACACACACACACACACACACACACACACACACACACACACACACACACACACACACACACACACACACACACACACAGAAACUCAUAUAUACACACACAUACAAACACAGUCAUAUAUUUCCAUACACUCACAUACACUAUAAAUAAUUAUAUAUACACACUCACCAUAUCCAGUGUCUUAACAUAUAUAAAUGUAUAUACGCACAAAUACUUAAUGUGCACCUAGGCCAUGUAUAGAAUGUAACACUAUUAUACUACAGUACACUUUGUUAUACUACAGCUAUCUCCUUUGAAUAUUUCUACCUUUCAAUGAAUUGUUACAAACUGUAUUUUUAGAUAA